UGUACCCGCAUCCGCAUUGCCGCCUAUCAUCCGGCUGCCAAUGGAAUGGUCAAGAGGUUUAAUCGCCAGCUGAAGGUCUUCCUCCGCGCCGCUGGUGAUCCGGAAGAUUGGACGGACCACAUCCCUCUGGUCAUCUUUGUAAGGAUAUUAGCCGAACCAAACGCUACCAACGUUUGGAGGCUUUCCUAA